AAAUUUCGGUCGUUCCUACAUUCGACGCUCAUUCGUGCAUCCGAUCCGUUGACAGUCGGAAGUCUCUUUCUUUUUCUCAAGGACGUUCUUCGAUAAGUCUAUCAGUGUAAUUAUCUGAUAUAAGUGUUCAAGAAAACUUAUUUUGAGCUGACCAGUCUGUUCACCGACGAGAAAGAGGAAUCGUGCGAGAGAGACAUGUACGAGGUAAACGACUUGGACGAGUGUUACAGGAUCGCCGAGGAAUUGGUCCUGUAUGCAGGAAAGAUAAUAGAAGAUGGCAUCGAUACCAGGAAGAACGUCAAAAGUAAGGGGAUUGACUGGGAUCUUGUCACAGAAUAUGAUCGCAAGAUAGAGGACAAAUUGAUAAAACAAUUAUCCGCACGAUUUCCAUCGCACAAAUUUAUUGCUGAAGAAACGGCAGCGAAGGAAGGUCGCUUACCGCAGCUGACCGAUGACCCUACGUGGGUUAUUGACCCGAUAGACGGUACCACAAAUUUCGUCCAUCGUUUCCCGCACACAUGCAUCUCCAUUGCGCUGCUGGUGAACAAGAAGGCUGAAAUUGGGAUAAUAUACAAUCCCAUCAUGAGACAAUUCUUCUCCGCGAGAAGACACUGCGGAGCCUUUCUCAACGGAAAGCCUAUAAAAACAUCGGAUGUGAGAGAUGUAUCUCAAUCAUUAGUGGCUAUGGAACCGUGGAUUGCAAAAGAUCCUCAAUAUUUGACCAGUAUUUAUAGUAGAAUGCACGCUUUGAUACAAGGCACUCACGGGAUACGAUCGCUGGGAACAGCAGCAUUGACAUUGUGCUACGUAGCAAUGGGAGCUGUUGAAGCCUAUCACAUCGAAAGUAUAGAUGCCUGGGAUGUUGCAGCCGGGAAGCUGAUAAUUGAAGAAGCAGGUGGAGUCGUGAUAGACACAGCUGGAGGAGUGCUCGAUAUAAUGACGCCGAAAGUUAUAGCAGCGUGUAAUCAGCAAAUUGCACAGCAACUCGUCGAUCUUUUUAAGAGAGCCGAUUCUGAGAUACUUGAUAAAAACUUAAUUUAAUCAUAUAUAUGCAACAUACAUUUUACAUACUUUAUGUUAUAUAAUUAUGCAUCUUUGUAUAUAGACUUAAACAUGUAGUAUUAUUAAAAGUGACUUAAGAGAGCUGCACUUGUAUUUAUAAUUAAAAUAUUGUAUAUUAGAACUGACACA